GAUUCAUCUUCAUUUCUGCAACCAUGUCAAAGAAAGUUGUUGGGAUCCUUGGUGGAGGCCAGCUAGGUCGCAUGCUAGCCGCGUCGGCGUCUCUUCUAAAUAUACCGGUGGUAAUCCUCGACGUUGGAGAAUCUGCACCUGCCAAGCAAGUUAUCGCGCCCAGCGGUGAUCUUUCCCAUAUCGACGGUUCAUUCACGGAUCCGAAAAAGAUACGAGAAUUGGCAGCGAAAGUUGAUGUCCUGACGGUAGAAAUCGAGCAUGUUGAUGUCGGUGCCUUGGAGGGUCUUGUUGCUGCGACCAAUGGUCGUUUAACUAUCCAACCUAGCCCACGAACGAUUAGAAUAGUACAAGACAAGUUCCGUCAAAAAGAGCAUCUCCGAGACUGUGGAUCACCGGUAUCUGCAUUCAGAGAAGUUCAGUCAUCUGUUGAAGCUAUUGUUGCAGCUUCGAUGGAGCUCGGCCUCCCUCUCAUGCUAAAAAGUCGAACGCUAGCCUAUGAUGGUCGGGGAAACUAUGUUCUGCGCAACUUGGCCGACGCAGACGAUGCUCUCGCCGUCCUUGGUGGCCGACCACUGUACGCAGAAAAGUGGGUUCCGUUCAUUGAGGAGAUCGCCGUUAUGGUGGUACGGUCGGCGGAUGGGAUGGUUCGGUCGUAUCCUGCCGUAGAGACCGUUCACAAGGAGAACGUAUGUCACCUGGUAUUCGCACCUCUUCGCAGUCGGCAUCCUGAUCUCUCUUCGAGAGCUCGAAAUAUUGCUGAAGCUGCAGUGGCGACGUUUGAGGGCGCUGGUGUUUUUGGCGUCGAAAUGUUCCUUAUGGAAGAUAAUAAUAUAUAUGUUAACGAGAUCGCUCCGCGGCCACACAAUUCCGGCCAUUAUACCAUAGAAGCCUGCGAAACGUCUCAAUACGAGAACCAUCUACGAAGUAUUCUAUCAUUGCCGCUGGGAUCGACAGACCUAAAAGUCCCCUCCGCCGCCAUGUUAAAUCUGAUCGGUUCUUCCUCUUCCAUGACCGGUAUCACCUGCGUCACAGACGUUGCUCUAACAAUCCCCGGUGCUUCUACUCAUCUCUACGGUAAGGCAGAAUGCCGGAAAGGCCGCAAAAUGGGUCACAUAACCAUCGUGGCGGAGUCAGAUGCGCACCUCCGUACCAAACUCCGGCCCUUACUUGAAGCCACCCCAGGAAGCACCCCCGAGGAACUCGACAAAUACGCCCCCGUCCCCCCAAGUCCCGGGUCUGGCCACUCCAACAAAACCCCCCUCGUUGGAGUUAUCAUGGGCUCUGACUCAGAUCUACCAGUAAUGCUUCCUGCCGCGCGUAUCCUGGACAAGUUCAACAUCCCUUACGAACUCACCAUAGUCUCUGCGCAUCGCACUCCAGACAGACUUGUAGAGUAUGCCCGCUCGGCCUCGUCACGCGGUCUCCGCACCGUAAUAGCUGGAGCAGGGGGUGCCGCCCAUCUCCCCGGGAUGGUCGCUGCUAUAACUGCUCUACCUGUCAUAGGCGUGCCCGUCAAGGGCAGUUCACUUGAUGGUGUUGACUCACUCCAUAGUAUCGUUCAAAUGCCUCGAGGUAUCCCGGUAGCGACUGUAGCCAUCAACAACGGCAUGAAUGCUGGUUUACUCGCUGUGAGGAUUCUCUCGGCCGGCCAGCCUCGUCUUAUUCACGAGAUGGACGCGUACCUUAACGGAUUGGAGAAGGAGGUCCUUGGAAAAGUCGAGCGAUUAGAAAACAUAGGGUGGGAGGCGUACAAGCCAUGAUGAAAGCCAAGACAAAGAUUACAUUUGCCAUUGAUCUAAGCUACAAAUGUAGGGUAAUUGAACACAAAGAUCAGAUCUCCUCGACGUCGAAGACAGGAGACAGAGAACAGAAACAGCGAAGCGUAUAUAAAGAGAGUAGUGUCCGGGGUAGGAGGUGCGAAGAUCAGUGUGAUAACAUGAAAUAGUAGACCUGUGACUAGUCCCUUACAAUGAG